AUUAAUCUCCCAUAUAAAUCACCCUUUACUAGAGGCUUCUCGAUCCGGCCUGGAAGAACAAAAGUUUUCCUAUCUUUUACUUAUUUUCUUGGCGUUGAAAUAUUGAUGGAGAAUUCUUUGAGUUCAUGUAUUAACAAAGCCAUUGCUUCUAAAGGAGCCGCAGACUGCAGCCCUGAGGAAAGUGGAUGGACUAAAUACUUGGAAGAUUUCUCAAGUUACAAAGGACAUGAUGAUUCCUCUUCUAUUUUCCAUAGCUCUUCUUUGAUCUCUGAUGCUGCUUCUUCUGCUGCAUGGAAGAAUUCCAAUAACAAGAAUCUGAAGGAUCCAAAGAGUACACUAGGUUUCAAGAAUACAAGAGCCAAGAUAAUAGAUGAUUCUUUGGAGGAUACUGCUAGCUCUCCCGUUAGUAGUCCGAAGGUUAGUGAUUUGGGACCAGUAGAUAUGAAUCCUGUAGAGAUGAAGGGAGGUAUUUUAGAGUAUUAUGAUCCAGAACUGCAGGCGGAUGAAAGAAGUACUAGUGAAAUCAACUUUGGAGGAAAGAUCGAUAUUAAUCAUGAUUCUAGAAAUUUAAGGAAGAUGGGGCUAUGCUUGGUUCCUUUGUCCAAGUUGGUGAACUAUUUCCGUUGACUGGCAUUAAAACAUCUCUCUUUCUCUCUCCCGGCCCUCUCCCAGCUCGUAAAACAUCUUGACAUGCUAGGAAACUUCCUGCAGUCAUGUUAUAUUUAUCGUUUCAUGUACUCUGUUCUAAGCUCAUCUCUUUCGUCAACAUCUGUAAAUCUUUGUCCGUAUAUAACUUCUGUAAUAUUGUUGUAAUAUAUGGACAGAGGAGAAGAGGCUGAUCAGACAAUGUACCUCGAAGGAAGGGAUAUAUGCUCAAUAUAAAUAAAUAUAUAUGUAUGUAUGUA